GAUUCAUCAACAGUAUGGACAACGUAGUGCCGACUCCUUUUUGUAUCGGAUCCAGUGAAUCUUCGGGAAAUCUGUCCAACAACAGUUGCUAUUCGGAAAACUUCACCGGAGAACCAGCUGAGUAUGAUCCUCAGCUCACUCCGGAAAGGGUUAGACUUAACGGAUAUGAUUCCAGCGAGACUUUCAGUGACAUGUUGGAAGAUGUGGCCGUCAAUUACCGGACGCAUCAUGGUACUCAGCCAAGACCAGUAUCACCAAUGAUUCAUGCGACUAGGAGAUCCUCGACUGCAUCGCAAUCAGACUCGGACAAGUACGGGACUUUAGAUGACACAGACAUAUCGGUGAAUUCACUUACAAGUGUAAACUCAAUAUCAAGUUUGCUAAGGGAAAAACUUUUGAUGAAUAUACAAAAAAUGUCAAAAAAUAAAGAAGUGCAAGCCGACUACAAGCUGAGGGCGUUCAUUAUAUUUUUAUUCGUUUUGAUAGUCUGCGUGCUGAAACUUGCUCACGUCUAUUACGAUCGUSAUGUACUGCAGAAAGCAUAUUUCAAGUACACGAGAUUCAACAAGGACGACCGUUUCUUGCGAUUAUUCGGUGUCGACGGGCACGAGAUAGCGUUCGGUUACCUCGGCGUGGACCUGGCAGAGAGGGAGAAGGCUUUCGAUUGCUUGGCGGGGCACCGUUCGCCUCCGAACGUACAGUGUUUCGAAUGGAUGCAAAAGGCCAGAUUGUAUCUGUCCCACGAGGAAAGACCGGAGGGCCUGAACUGUUACACGGUGGAGUGGUUCAGCCUGACGGAUAAAUACAACCCCAUAGACUGUUACGAGGACGGCGAACAAUACGGUCAUUGGUACGGGGGUGGUAGAACGUUGGGCAUGGCUUGGCCGGUCCAGUUGGGGAGGGUGGAAAUGUCGCCUUUCAUAACCGGACACGUCGGCAGGCAUCGGUGGGGCAGCGUGCUAGGCCGGUACUUCAUCAAUUCCAAAGGAGUGGCGAUCACAGUGCACYCAAACACGCCACUACACGUGUCUAUAAACGCCGGCCGCGACAACAGGCUGUGCAUAAAGGCGAGCCACGACGAUUUCGCCUACCGCCGGACGGCUGACCUGCCGGUCCUAAACUACACGAUAUGCUCGGCGCGAAACAUGAAGAUGCUGCACACGGCACUCUCCGAGAAAAUGUUGUGGGACGGGCUGAAAGCAUCAGACACCGAGAUCAUAAACUCGCUGCUCACAGAGCCCGUUUGGCAACUGGCACCGCCCAGGAAAGAACUGCUGAAUGAGUCCACGAUGGUCAACUAUACCGAGGACAUCAUCACGCUAGGUUUCAUAAAACAAGGACACGUCUUGCUAAAUGAAUUCUGGCAAGCGGAAAUGGGUGAUUUUUCACUGGACCAAAAAAGAUUUCCAACCAUGAAAGAGACGAUCAAUAUAAUCCACAGAAGAGGUUUUCGCAUUGUAGUCACCAUACAACCAUUCAUAAGCACCGAAUCAAGAAAUUUUGCAAAAGCCGUCAGAGAGGGUAUUCUCGUCAGACAAAUUGGAAACGAACGAGACGUGCCUGCUCUGACCAGAUAUAAAACUGUGCAAAGUGCUGGAAUGUUGGAUAUAACCAACAAAAACUGUGGACCAUGGUUACAGCAGCAGUUGAAAGACCUCGUUGAAAGAUAUCAAUUUGACGCUUUCUACUUGGACAUGGGAUCUGCUUAUGACUUACCCCGCCACUACUUGUUUGCCGAGAACCUAACGAAUCCCGACUACUACAAAUCUCUAUUCACGCAGACCGUUUCAGACAGCGUGAACGUGUUCGGCGUCUCUUCGGCCAUCAGUCGGCCGCCGGCUCCAAUUUUCGUGUCGUUACUGUCAUUAGCCUCUACUUGGGACUCACUCCAGGUGAUCAUACCGACAAUGCUUACAUACGGAAUAGUUGGGUAUCCAUUCCUGCUGCCUGGACCUGUCGGCGGAGACUUUCAAGUCGGUAACGUUUCGCUGCACGCUCUGAUUCCUCCAGAUAAUCCAUCGGUAGAACUCUUGGAGACUCAAUCACUGAAGGAAUGCAAGCAACGUGGACAAAACUAUAACGAGAGUCGAGAGUUGGUGAUGAGAUGGAUGCAGUUGGCUACGUUCUUACCGGUGAUUAGAUAUGCGAGGCUGCCGAGCGAUUGUGACCCGCAAGUACUCCAGUUGACGAAAAACUUGACGUCGCUUCGACAGCAAACAAUCAAUCCGUUACUGAAGCGGUACGUCCAAGAAGCUCUGGAAACAGCAGUACCCUUGAUACGACCGCUGUGGAUGUUGGACCCAUCGGACACGACAUGCUACAUCGUGAAAGACGAGUUCUCCAUAGGCGAAGAAGUCAUCGUGGCGCCAAUUCUGCGACCAGGAGCCACGGAACGCGAGGUAUAUCUGCCCGCUGGUGUGUGGAAAGAUGGGAUCGAAGGCAGCUUGAGAAAGGGGUCCAGGUGKAUACACAACUAUAAGAUACCAUUAGACAAAAUCGCGUAUUUCGUCAAAAUGCCGAACAACACUAGAUUUUGAUUACUAUAAUAAUAUUAUUUAAUUAGUAUUUUUAUAAUUUAUAAGUACAUAAUGAUUCAUAAUUUUUUCUUAGAAGUCGUGAAUUUAUUCAAAUUCUGGUGUUAAGAAUUUUUAAGUAAACGUAUAUCACUCAAAUUUCGAUUGGUAAAAGA